AUGGGCCGUCGUCAAGGGCAGCGAACCAACGUCGUGGAUAGGGAUCAGGGAGUCACUUUUCAGCGAAAUGUGCUGAUGACUGGCGACUCUUCCCGGCAGGUCGUCGGCUCGACACAGGGGCCAAGGGAAAAUCCCGUGUACGUCCCUUCAGGUGCGGCCGCGCGGCCUUUGACGCGAUCUCCGCAGGUGAUCGAUGACGAGGAGUACCUCAACAUCGAGCCGAAUGAGAAGGGAAGUACGUUCAGCGAUCAGUUUUUCGCCACGAUAGGGCGCAUUAUGCAGCAGAAACGGCAGGCGUGGAUUGGGACGUUGCUGGAGUUUGUGAUCCCCUUCCUCUUCCUGCUUGGUGCCAUUACUUUGUGGGCCGCUUUCGGCAAUGACGCAUACCCCGAGAAGCAAGUGCUCAACUACACGACUGUCUCAUCCCUCACGCUCCCGGGCUUGUACAAGCAACUGAUGUGCAACAAUGUGUCCAUGGGCAUCGUCCCUGGUCUCGCGGACUGCAGGACUGUUGGCUUCUCCUACGACUGCAGCGGUGACGAGUCGAGCUUGCCGGUGAAAGGGCUGUGCGUCAAUGCUACAAUGGGCGCCCGUGGACUGAUUGGCUUUUACAUGAACGCGAUUCUAGGAAACGCCGUCCGGGUGCCGCCGCUGGACACAAUGAUCAUGAUGCAAUGGGUUGCACGUAAGGCUGCCGCUGGCAACACCGAAACCGCAACAUCAGCGAUGCUCGCCACUGCCGGACUGACGGCCAGCACUCGCUACGAUUCCAUCAUGAAUUCUGGCAUGUUGUAUUUUGCACCACGUGCAGGUGUCCCCGCAUCCCUUAUAACCUACCUCAACGACACUGCGCAGUACUUCCGGUACGUCUACGGCGGCACGUUUGACACUGUAGAGGAGGCAGAGAACUACGUCAAGACCACUCAGGGAUUUCACUGGGCCAUUGUUGAAGUAAAAGCCUUCAACACAACUGACUUCGAUGUGGUGCUGCAUAUGAAUUCGACUGCACUGCCGCCCCUCACCGAUGUGGUGGACACGCAGUACCCUGGCGGCUACCAGUUUGAUCGGGGGGAGAUGUACACUGCCUCCGGCUUUAAUACCCUCCAGGAGAGCUUGUACCAGUGCUACCUGCAAGAACUGGGCUACAGCGAUGUUGCAAGCAUUCACCCCUACACCACCUCAUUCGGGUACCAGGAGUACAAGGAGAACACGUUGCUGAGGGCAGCCACGCCACUGGUUGCCUUUAUUCUUGUCCUCUCCUUUCUGUACCCGGUGGUGCAGCUUACGAAGACGAUUGUGUUGGAGAAGGAGUUGCGCAUUCGCGAGGCGAUGCUCAUUAUGGGGCUCAGCAACACGUCGCUGUACCUCUCUUGGUUCGUCAUCUACGCCCUGCAGUACGUCGCCAUGUGCAUCUUCAUGGCCAUGUUGCUGAAGCUCACGUUUGUGUCGAGGAGCGAUGCAUUCGUGCUCUUCAUGACGUUUUACAUCUUCGCCCUGAGCACGAUCCCCCUCUCAGGGCUCAUUGCCACCUUUUUCAGCAAGGCUCGCCUUGUCUCGAUGCUAGCGCCACUCAUCUUCUUUGCGCUGGCUGUGCCGACAUUCGCCUUCACGAGCGCAUCAACCAACGUGAUUAUAAGCGUAUGCAUCCUCUCGCCCACCGCGUUUGCUGUCGCUGUGAUCAACAUUCUAACACUGGAGGUCGGAUCCGGCUUUGGUCCCAAUGAUUUCCACAAUACCGCGCUAACAGUGCAGAGCUUUAUCAUUUACCUCCUGCUCGCCGUAGAUUUCCUUGCCUACUUCGUCCUCAUGCUCUACUUCGACGCUGUGCUGCCGAAGGAGUGGGGUACAACCAAGCACCCACUCUUCUUCAUAAUUAACCCCGUGAAGUGGCUGUGCAGGUGCUGCGGUAAGGAGAAGGUGAUGGUGACAGGCACAAACGAGGACGGCCGCGCCGAGAAUGGCGUGUUCGAGGACGCUGACGACUCAGAGACUGCGGUGCAGAUUGUUGGGCUGCGCAAGGAGUACUCGCGCGGCGGCAGGACGUUCGUUGCGGUGAACAACAUGUACUGGUCUAUGAAUCAGAACGAGAUCUCGGUGAUGCUGGGGCACAACGGCGCCGGCAAGACGACGAUGAUGAACAUGAUGACGGGGAUGGUAUCGGCCGACGCGGGCGACUGCUACAUCUACGGCAGCUCCGUCCGCACUCAGCUGCACCGAGUACGGCAGCAGAUCGGCUACUGCCCGCAGCACAACAUCCUGUGGCCGGAGCUGACGUGCCGCGACCACCUGGAGUUCUACGGUAAGAUUAAGGGUCUUUUUGGUACCGUGCUGGAAGACGCCGUACAGCUCAUCCUCAAGCAGGUGGAUCUGCUGGAAAAGAUCGAGUAUGCAUCGUGCGCGCUGUCGGGUGGGCAGAAGCGUAAGCUUUCUGUCGCCAUCGCUUUUGUUGGCUGCAGUCGACUGAUCUUCUUGGAUGAGCCGACAGCAGGCAUGGAUGCAGCUGCGCGCCGAUACACGUGGGAGCUGCUGCGCCGCAUGUCAGAGGCGCACACCAUCAUGCUGACGACGCACUUCAUGGACGAGGCAGAUUUGCUGGGCCACAAAAUCGGGAUCAUGAGCCAGGGCUGUCUCAAGUGCUCCGGCAGCAGCCUGUUUCUCAAGUCGCGGCUCGGCGUGGGCUACACCAUGAACAUCUCCGUUAACCCAGAGGUGGAGGCCGAGGAUAUUGACCGUUUCAUCGUUUCCCUUGUCCCGAAUGCCGAGGCGUUGGACUUUAACGGUUGCGAAAUUGUUUACAGGCUGCCUAUGCGAGAUCUCGAGCUGUUUCCAUCGAUGCUGGCGAGUCUCGAGGAGAACGGCGAAGGCAUUGGCGUGCGUGGCUACUCGCUGUCGGCGACAACGCUAGAGGAAGUGUUUCUCCAGAUCGCACUGGAAGACAUGAAGAAGCACAAGGAGAGAAGCUUCGUCGAGGAGAAUGAGACAGUCAUUCAGGAAGAGAGCAACUCAGUGUGGUGUUGCGAGAUCAUGACGGACACGCGUGAUCGGCUGAUGUCGCAGUUCAAGUCGAUGAUGGUGAAGCGGCUGUGGAACGCGCUCCGUGACCGUAGGAUGCAAUGCUUCCAGGUAAUCUGCCCUGUGGUAUGUAUUCUGCUGGCUAUGGUGCUCACCGUCGUGAAAUUCACAGAGACAGGAUUCAUCGACCUCUCCAGUGAAAUGUUUGGCGAGACAGUGCAGAUGCAGGUGUCAGGCUGCGAGGCAUACUUUGGCGCUACCCACAACGUUACCCGGCAGGGCUCCUACAUCACUGACCUCAAUUUUGCGAGCGGGGCAGACUUGUCCUUCUACGCUACGGACACCGCACUGCAGCUGGCGAUGCCGCGCUACACCUCACUCUUUUGUGGCGACCCGGGGCUGCAGGACACCGUUCCCUUUGAGCUGGACGCCGCCAUCCUCUUCUACAACACCUCCGCGUACCACGCCAGCGGUCUGGUGCUCCAGCAGCUGUACACGUACAUUCUUCAGUCCUUCACGAAUAACAUCAACCGCACCUUCCAGACGGGUAUCAAAUUGAUGCCAGCCCCUACAAGUCUCUCGGAGGCGCGUGGCGGUGUGGAUACGAUCCUCAUCGGCGCCAUUAUCAUGAUUCCGUUCACGUUUCUGCCGUCGAACGUGGUGGCGUGGGUGGUGAAGGAGCGGGAGUGCAAAGCACGGCACUUGCAGAAUGUCUCAGGGCUGAGCUUCUACAUCUACUGGCUCACGAAUUUUCUCUUUGAUAUCGUCGCCUACAUCAUCACGGUCACUAUGGUGCUGCUCAUCUUCCUCAUGUUUAACCGAGAUGAGUACGUCGGGAAAGACACGGCUGGCCCGGCUAUCGUGUCGUUUCUCAUUUAUGGCCUUUGCAGCACUGCCGGCGGCUACGUGCUCAGCUUUUUGUUCGACGAGCACUCAACAGCGCAGUCAAUGACGAUGGCGAUCAGUUUCACCGCUGGUUUCCUGUUUGUCAUGAUGGUAUUCAUCCUCUCGCUGGUGGACUCGACGAAGAACGCGUCUGUGAAUCUGCGCUGGGUGUUCCGGCUGGUUCCGUCGUAUUGCGUGGGCGAGUCCAUCAUUAACCUCGCCAUGGACCGACAGCAGGCAGCUCUGGGUCUUCCAUCGAACCCGUGGGCGAUGGACGUGGUUGGCUGGCCUUGUGUUUUCAUGACGGUUGAGUUCCCCAUCUUCGUGUUGGCGACCCUCUUCAUUGACCACCCACGACGGCGCAUGUGGGGUCAGAAGGGGGCCUAUGUGCGCAGUGCUCCGGCGGAGGUUAUCGACGACGAGGACUCCGAUGUGGAAGAUGAGCGGAACCAAGUGUACCAACAGGAGAGCAAGAAGGUCAACGAUGACGUUGUACGAGUGGUGGACCUGCGCAAGGUAUACACCAGCGGCAAAGUGGCGGUGCGUAAUCUCGCCUUCAGUAUUCUACCAGACGAGGUGUUUGGCUUUCUCGGCACGAAUGGUGCCGGCAAGACGACGACGAUCUCGAUGCUGUGCCAGGAGUUCAUACCGACGAGCGGCAGCGCGUACGUGUGCGGGUACGACAUUGUCAGUGAGAGCGAGCAGGCACUCCAGUGCAUCGGGUACUGCCCGCAGUUCGACGCGACGCUGGACCUGCUGACGGUGGAGGAGCACCUGCGCCUAUACGCUGGCAUUCGAGGUAUUCGUUACGAAGAGCGCAGCAAGGUGGUGGCUGGACUGAUGCGCUUGUGCGAGAUUACUGAGUACCAGAGGACGACAGCUGCGCAGCUCUCCGGCGGCAACCGGCGCAAGCUCUCUGUAGCGCUCGCUCUCAUUGGCUCGCCGCAGAUCAUCUUUCUCGAUGAGCCGUCGGCCGGCAUGGACCCCGUGGCGCGCCGUGGACUCUGGAAGGCGAUCCAGAAGGUUUCGCAGAACUGCUCCGUUGUGCUGACGACGCACCACCUGGAGGAGGUGGAGGAACUGGCCGACACAGUGGCCAUCAUGACUGAUGGAGCGCUGCGCUGCAUUGGUGACAAGACGCACUUGAAGCAGAAGUACGGCAGUGGCUUUGAGAUGAGCAUCCGCAUUGCGCGAAAGGACAUGCGGAUGGCGGUGCAGCACUUCGUGGGGAGGCACUUCCCCACAGCCGUGCUGCAUGAGUUCAAGGGGCAACGUUUUGUCUUUGGUUUGCCGGCCGAUACAAAACUCUCACAGACGUUUUGGCAUCUGCAACAGAACAAGGCACAGCUGCAUAUCACCGACUACAGCGUGUCACAGGCCUCGAUCGAGCAGAUGUUCUUGCGCAUUUGUGAGGAGCAGGACGAGCGUGAGGCGCGCACGGUGGAGAAAGAGGUUCACUUCGUGAAGAGCCACGCCACUCUGCACAACUACAAGGGCAGCGUCAUGAGGGGUUACCACAGCAGGAAGGGCAACAGAAGAGGGGAGCGUUGCGGCGAAAAACCGGCUGAGGCAGUGGUGAUGGUAAGUUCGUCCGCAAUUGAGGAGUAUCGUCGCCGAAUGCUGGAGUCUGACGUCGAGUUUUAG